UGAGGUGGAAUGAUAGAAAAAGAACAACUUUUAUAUUAGAGAUGAAGCAUUCUUUCAAGAUGACAAGUGGGAUGAUACAUUGUGGAUUUUAAAUAUAUGCUUUUUUGUUAGGCGGACUACAAGACUGCAUUUUUACACGAAAACUAAAGGAAGAAAAUAAUUAUUUUUUUGAAAACAUUUUAACCUGCCACCAUGGAGUCUGAAAAAAAGCAUGUAACGCUCCAACUUAUGAUGGCUGUUUGUACAGCUGUGAUUGGCUCCUUGCAGUUUGGCUACAACACAGGUGUCAUCAAUGCCCCUCAGAAGAUCAUUGAAGGCUUCUACAAUGAGACGUGGAAUGACAGAUAUGGAGAGUUCAUGCCGCCAACCACACUAACUACACUCUGGUCUGUAUCAGUGGCCAUUUUCUCUGUAGGCGGCAUCUUCGGCUCCUUCUCAGUUGGGCUCUUCGUAAACCGUUUUGGAAGGAGGAAUUCAAUGCUUUUUGUUAAUGUUCUGGCCUUCAUCGCUGCUGCAUUCAUGGGCUUUUCCAAGCUGGCUGCAUCCUGGGAGAUGCUUAUAAUUGGACGUUUUAUUGUGGGCCUUUACUCUGGCCUGUCCACAGGCUUUGUUCCAAUGUAUGUGGGAGAAAUUGCCCCAACUUCAUUACGUGGGGCACUGGGCACUCUUCAUCAACUUGGCAUUGUGAUUGGCAUCCUUAUGGCACAGGUCUUCGGCAUUAAAGAAAUCAUGGGGACCUCCACAAUGUGGCCCUUCCUUCUGGGCUUUACCUUUAUCCCAGCCGUAUUACAGUGUGCCCUGCUGCCUUUCUGCCCUGAAAGCCCUCGCUACCUCCUGAUCAACCAGAACGAAGAGGCCAAAGCCAAGAGUGUGCUUAAGAAGCUACGUGGAACUGAAGAUGUGGGUGCGGACAUGGAGGAGAUGCGGGAGGAAAGCAGGCAGAUGAUGAGGGAGAAGAAAGUCACCAUCCCUGAACUGUUCCGCUCCCCGCUUUAUCGCCAGCCAAUCUUCAUUGCUAUCAUGCUGCAGCUCUCCCAGCAGUUCUCUGGCAUCAACGCUGUUUUUUAUUAUUCUACUGGUAUAUUUGAGAAUGCAGGAGUGCCCGAGCCUGUCUAUGCCACUAUUGGUGCAGGAGUUGUGAAUACAGCAUUCACAGUGGUAUCGCUGUUCAUAGUUGAGCGGGCUGGCCGAAGAUCACUUCAUCUCAUUGGGCUGAUGGGAAUGGCUGUAUCUUCUGUUCUCAUGACCAUAGCUAUGGCACUACUAGAACAAGUGAAAUGGAUGUCCUAUGUCAGCAUUGUUGCCAUCUUUAGUUUUGUGGCAUUCUUUGAGAUUGGACCAGGCCCUAUCCCAUGGUUCAUUGUGGCAGAACUCUUCAGUCAAGGCCCCCGGCCCUCUGCCAUUGCUGUCGCCGGUUUCUCCAAUUGGUUUGCCAACUUCCUGGUGGGAAUGUGCUUCCAGUAUGUUGAGCAACUGACGGGCCCGUACGUUUUCAUCAUCUUCACUGUCCUUCUGCUGAUCUUCUUCGUGUUCACCUACUUUAAGGUUCCAGAAACCAAGGGCCGGACAUUUGAUGAGAUCUCAGCGAGCUUCCGCUCUGGGGCAGAGAAAUAUACCAGAGAUGAUCUCAGCACACUGGGGGCAGACUCCCAGCUGUGAGCAAAUACAUUAAUGCUAUAGGCUAACCAAGUGACUGUCCUCUGCUGUAGGAUGGUGGGUAUGUUCACAAAGGCAUGCUACCAUAUUAUUCCUACUAGGAAUACAGUAUGUGUACUGUGAACAGUAUGCAUUUUUUCUGUAUGCACUGAAUAUCUAAAUGACUUACUAAUUACUGCAUUUUCCAAAAUGUGCAGUGUUCAACCAGUGCACACUCAAUAGAGAGAUACUGUACUUCUCAAUACAAUAUCAUCCAUAAAAAGGAGUGCCUAAUUGGACUGCCAAAAGCUAUAAUAUUUAUAUACAAAAUUGCCACAAAAUUUCCUAAUUUAUUUCUGAGAUCAUAACUGGAGACCUCUCACUGUAAACAUGCCAUGUAGUGAGUCAUGUUACAUCAAUGUACCAUAUUAGGAUUUAAAAUAUUUGUUUUUGCAUACUUCUAUUUCGAAUACUAUAAAAAAAAAAGCAUGCAGUGUACAAUAUGAACAGUGUAGUAUAGAGUUUUCAGUAUUUAGUAUUCCAUUCCGGGGGCCUGGGUAGCUCAGCGAGUAAAGAUGCUGGCUACUACCCCUAGAAUCAUGAGUUUGAAUCCAGGGCAUACUGAGUGACUCCAGCCAGGUCUCCUAAGCAACCAAAUUGGCCCGGUUGCUAGGGAGGGUAGAGUCACAUGGGGUAACCUCCUUGUGGUCACUAUAAUGUGGUAACUGAGGCAACUGAGAUUCACCUCCGCCACCUGGAUUGAGGCGAGUCACUACACCACCAAGGACUUAAGAGUGCAUUGGGAUAUGGGCAUUCCAAAUUAGGGAGAAAACAAUAAAAAUAAAGUGUUCCAUUCCAAACAUACCCACUGUCUCAGUUCAGAUACAGUAGAAGCAUUUCUCCCCAGCAGGGCAGACAAAGAGCGGCAUAAAAAGUCCUCCUUUUUUGCUCACCUUAUGAAAUCGAAUAGUUUACUAAUAAUGAUAAUCACUCACUUUUUGUUCUUUUCUGCAUAUUUACAUGCAUAUGAAUUUGAAUAUAUUAUAUAUUUGUGUACUACUACUGUAGAUCAUUUGAAUGAUUUAGUUCGCACAUUUCAACUUAAAGAUAUUGUUUAAUUUUUCUUUUAUUUGCAUUAUUAUUGCAUAAGCAUUUUAACCAUUUAUUUUUUAUUGUCCAGUCAACACAAGACAAGUCUUUUGUGAGUUCUGAAAUGUCUACUGAAGGUAGAUCAAACAUGAUGUAAGAAUUGCAUAUUUUUUAGUAUGUGAUUGAUAUUUGAAGUUUACCAAGGAUUAUUAUGUCAAGAUUAACUAACACAAUAAAUACAAACUCAAAACACAUUUUAAAACUGAUAUAGUUAUGCCAGCAGUUCUCCUUCCUUUUAAAAGUGUGGACUAGAGUUUAAUGCCGUAUGAGGUUUAAUAUCUUUUAAACUGGAACAAGCUUACCUCCAUUAAAUUAACUCAACUAAUUCAAUUGCUAUGUUAUAAAUAACAGAUAUAUUUGAUAUUUUUAGAUUUGUCUAUUCAAAAUACGUAAUUGGAUUGAUUUUGUGCAUAAUGUUGAUGAGAAUUUAGUACAUUGUUCAUUUUGCAAAAGUGCAAUAAUUGUUCACAUAUUCUUGUUUAUUUAUUCCACACAUUACUAGGCAUGCGUGGCAUUACUAACGAAAUAUACUUCUAAUAUAUUUUGACAUUUCUUGUGUAAAAAUGUGUUUUGGUCUUUGAGGGUGUAUGUGCUAUGUUGUUUUCACUUAACAUAGCAUAAAAACUGGGAAAUUACAGGAAAACUGUAAAUAGGUUCAGUAUGUGCUCAGUAUUUUCAAUUUUUAAACCUCCUAAAAAUUCAUAUGAGAAGGUUUUGCUCAGUACAUCACAGAAAUUUCAUUAGAAAUCCACAAAUUGUGCCAAGAUAUGCCAUUGUUGCGAGAUUUAUUAUAUUUUUUCCAAAUAAUUAAUGUAUAUUUGGAAAUAAAAACAAAGAGGAUUUUUCUUUGUUGUUGUUGUUUGUUUAGCCAGUGUUGAGAAUAAUGCAUAGCAAAAAUGUGUACGUUUAUAUGAUAAUAAAAAAAGAAGGAAAAAAAAAAAGCAACAAUUAUUCCCAACACCAGAAGAUGGCAGUAUUUCUCUUUACAGUAGUUUUAGCUAUGUGCUGUGAAAGAGCUAUAAUGUCAUACGAUGCCACAAAUGUGAGUAAUAUAUGGGAUUAAAUGUGAGUAAUGUAUGGCAAAACGUAUCUAGUGAUUACACAAAUUUCAUCGUGUGAGCAUCACAUGCAAAAUGAUCCAUUCAUUUAUCAAAAUCUGUCAGACAUACAUGUAUAUUCCAUAAAAAUCUAUGACAUGGAAUGUUUUUUCACUGUUUUUUUGUUUUGUUUUGUUUUGUUUUUUUGCAUGGAUGUCAUUUUGUGGCAAUUUUCUGUUCACUAUAUAUGACUUUACAUGUAAGAAAUGUGUAAAAAUGGACAUGCAAAUGUGAAUUUUCUGUUGUAACACAUUGCUACAGAAAUAAAUUUACUGUAAAUAAA